AUGACAACCAGUGUAACUUCAACCAACCACGAAGCCACAGCAAAUAACGGAGGUAAAAUGUCAUUAUCAUCAUCAUCACCACCAUCAUCAACAACACCAUCACCAUCAUCAUCGUCAUCAUCACCACCAUCUUCAUCGUCAUCUUCAUCAUCGCCAACACCAUCAUCAUCACCGUCACUUUCAUCAUCUCUGGAACCUCAAGGGACAUCUAAUCUUCCUACGGUUGGAAAUAGCACAGGCUUAUAUGCAGGGAUUGCUGGAGGUGUAGCUGCUGUUGUGAUCAUUAUCAUAGUCAUCGUCGCUAUCGUUUGUUUCACAAGAAGGUCACGACAGGAGAGAAAGGGUAUCGCUUCUUCACAAAGAGCGACGUUGACUCCAGUCAGCAGACCUCCAGCAUACGAUGAGAUAAAUGACGUCGGUAUCCCCAACGGUGCAAUUGCAGAGGCACCGUCCGCCAGAAGCUUCCAACCUGGGGCACGAGCACAGAGUAGCGCGAAUUCUUCUAGAGGAAACAAUAACGUUCUCCUUGUAAAUCUAAAUCCUAGGAAAUCAUCAAAUAUAUAUGAGGGGACGAUGGAUGAAACCCCAGGCGAUGAACCGACGCCAAAUCCUUCACUUGGGACCACUGCCGUCUCGCAGAACAGCAAUGACCGAUUAAGCGUCCUUUACGCCAUGCCUGACAAGAACGGAAACGGAUCGCAGGGCGGCUACGACGAAAUUAAUCUCGGAAUUGCACCCUAUUCUUCUUUUGAAAAUCCUCAGCAGCCAACCGCCUCGACGAAGAAGACCGACAGAAUGAGCGUCGUUUACGCCGCGCCCGAUAAAAAUCGUGAACGAAACGGCGCCUCGGAAGAUAUGGACAGUCUGUAUGCCAUGCCAGAUAAGAGUGGAAACCGGAACAACCCUUCGCACGAUACUUCGGAAGAUGUCGGCAGUUUGUACGCGAUGCCCGAUAAAUCCCGAGGAAAGCCGGAUGGAUACGAUGGUGAUCACGAUCUUUACGCUAAAGCUAAUGACUUGUGUUUUGGUGAUCAAUAUGGUGAAAUGGGAAUGGUUGAAAAUGAACUUUAUACUAUGUAA